AUGGUUAAGCAAGCUACUAAAGGACAAAAAGAAAUCUAUGAGGAAAAUCAGAAAACAGUUACCACAUAUAGUGUGGCCAGUACUGUCAGCAUGGCAGUUUACUACUCUUCUUGUAUGUUUCUCAGUCAAUGUUCAUCAUCGGACUACAUUUUCUUCGCUCUAUCUGCUUUGAUUCAAAUCGCAGCGAUACUUUUCAUGAAGUCCUUAGCCAGUAAGUAUAUUUCGAAAUUCUUUUUUAUUCAUAAAUACGUCACAGAGGCAAGACUAGACGAGAAGGGGCAUGUCCUUGAUGCAGGUGCAGAUUUGAACGAUCCAGAAGCCUUUGGAGAGUAUUGCAAAGAUGCUAUAAUUCUGACGGUCAUCACUCAGGUUGUUUCUCUUUACUCGACUUACGGUUUCCUUCUCCUUCUCGCGUUCCCAGCAGCUGCCACUUAUAAAUUCGUCAUGGGAUUCCUCUUUCCAUGGUUAACAGCAGGAUCGGAUUCGGAAGACGUCGAUGAUAAGAAACAAAAGAAGAUGGAUAGAAGAAGAGAGAAGGUUACCUACAGACGUUGA